AUGAGUGGGAAAAGGGUGUUAUUCAUUGGUUUCAUUGUGGGAAUGGGCAUAGAAUCAAGUUUUGGUUAGAUGUUUGAUAUGGGGAGGGCUGCUUUGAUAGAUACGUAUCUAUGAAGCUGUUGUUAAUUGUGUUCUCAAUUGUGGGCAGUGAGGAGGAAUGGAGCUUUGAAUGGAAGCUGAGAAAUGGGAGCAUGAAGAGAUCACUAGUGGAGCUGAGGCUACUCUUCCAUGGAAGGUUGUAUGGGAAUUUAAUGUUUCCACGAAGUUGGCUUAUUUUGCCUCGUAAGGUGCUUGGGGAUCCAUUAUGACAGGGGAAUAGGGGAUAACUUCAGGAGGAGAGUUGUCCUUGUUAACUGGUGUUUUAUGUGGAAACAGGAUGAAGAAAGCCCAAAUCUUAUACUGCUUCAAUUGCUCAAGUUGCCAGGGAAAUGUGGUGCUGUGCAACUGUGUUACUUGAGUCAUGUAAAAUGACAUGAGUUCUCUUUUCACUGUUGGAAGGGAAUGAGAACAACAAUAUAUCCAGGAAGGCUUGGGCUAGUGCACCUUUGUGUGUUCUGGUGUUUUUGGUGGGAGAGGAACAAGAGAGUUUUUUAGGGGUUUACAUUGCAUGAAUGUAUGUACAGAAGUUAAAGGUUUAUUGAUGCGCAUGCUUUUUGUUGGAGUUACACUGGACCUCUCUUUGGUUUGACUUUUUUCUUUAGUACAUAUUCCUCAAAAGGCAUGACAGGUUAGACUUUUUUUUAACACCUUUUUCUUGAUGCAACAGAUUAUUGCUAUCAUUCACUAUAAAGUGAGCUUUCAUCAAAAUUAAUAGUAUUUUCUUAAUUCGUAUUUAGCUGCGUUUUAUGUUUUGAAUAAUACCUCGUGUAUUUGGUAGAAAGUUGUAGGCUGAACACAGGAAGUUAUGUUGGCAAAGCUUUUCUAAAAUUCGGUGACAACUAAUCAAACAGUGAAGACAGUAUGCUAUUCACAAGAUACAUCAUUUUGACAUUGAUAUUCUUGGUUUAUGGGAUCAAAGUUGCGGGGUAGAUUCCUACAAUUGUGGAUACAGAAAUCUAGAGCUCUCAAGGGCAAAUUGCAACCCCCUGAAGCCGCAGGCGCAUGGCCUAUAAUCGGCCACCUCCAUCGCUUUAAUGGUUCUUCCCAACUUCCCCACAUCGCAUUGGGAGCCAUGGCUGAAAAGCAUGGGCCAACCUUCACUAUCCGACUAGGGGUGCAUCGAGCCUUGGUGAUUAAUACUUGGGAAAUGGCAAAGGAAUGCUUCACUACCAACGACAUUACUGUCUCCUCCCGCAUCAAAUUUUUGGCCACAGAACAAUUGACCUAUAACUAUGCCAUGUUUGGUUUUUCUCCAUACGGCACAUAUUGGCGUGAAUUAAGGAAGAUUUCUUCAAUUGAGCUUCUUUCCAAUCGCCGCCUUGAGUUGCUCAAGCAUGUUCGAGCAUUGGAAGUUAAGACCUCCAUAAAAGAACUCUACGAAAUUUGGACCAAGCGAAAAAGUGAGUCAUGUCAUCGUAUUCAAGUCGAAAUGAAGCAGUGGUUUGGGGACUUGACUCUCAAUAUAGUGGUAAGGAUGGUCGCGGGAAAGCGAUACUUUGGUGCCUUAGGGAGUAAGGAGAAGGAGGCACAACGGUUCCAGAAGGCAUUGAGGGAUUUCUUUCGAUUGAUGGGUCUCUUUGUCGUGGGGGAUGCAGUACCUUGCUUGGGUUGGCUUGACAUGGGAGGAGAUAGAAAGACCAUGAAGAAAACUGCGGAGGAGUUGGACUCCAUUCUUGAGGGAUGGUUAGAGGAGCAUCAUCAAAAGAAAGAGUUCGCUAAGGCUGAUGGUGAACAAGACUUCAUGGAUGUUAUGCUAUCCAUUCUCGAGGAUAGAACCCUUGCGGGCUAUGACGCUUGUACCAUCAACAAAGGCACUUGCUUGUCUAUGAUUUUGGGAGGGAGCGACACCACCAUGGUUGUCCUGACCUGGGCAUUGUCCUUGUUACUCAACAAUCCUCACGCAUUGAAAAAGGCUCAAGAUGAGUUGGAUAUCCAUGUUGGUAGGGAAAGACGUGUGGAUGAAGCAGACAUUAGCAAACUGGUUUACCUCCAAGCCAUCACCAAAGAAACACUGCGUUUGUACCCACCGGCACCCCUCGGUGGACCGCGUGAGUUCGCCGAGGAUUGCACCAUCGGAGACUACCAUGUUAAGCGAGGCACUUGGCUCAUGAUGAACCUUUGGAAGAUCCAACGGGAUUCACGAGUAUGGGCAGACCCUUCAGAGUUUCAGCCGGAAAGAUUUCUUACCAUUCACAAGGAUGUUGAUGUUAAGGGCCAGCAUUUUGAGUUGUUGCCGUUCGGCGCCGGUAGAAGAGCUUGUCCGGGAAUAUCGUUUGGCCUCGUAGUUGUAAAUUUGACCCUGGCAAGUUUGCUACAGGCUUUUGAUAUUUGGAGUCCUGCCAAUGGCCCAAUUGAUAUGAGCGAGACUUAUGGGAUGACUAGUGUCAAAACCACUCCACUCGAGGUCAUUCUCGCUCCGCGCUUGCCGCCUACUCUAUAUGAAUAUUGAAUAAGGAGAACGGUGAAGUUAGCCUUUUGGAACUUAUGUAUUGGGAGUAUCCUGGGCACACCUGUGGGACGGGGUUCUAGUCACAUAUUUGUGAAGUUGUCAGUAGUAAUUGAAUAAAGAGUUCAUCCAUGGUGUUUAAGAGUUUGAAGUUGGGAACUUUAAAUUUGAGAAAAUGCUAGCCAUUAUGGGUUAUCGUAGAUCGAUUUGGUGGAAAGAGAAAGAUGAAGGGCCUGGGGUCCAUGCGUCCGCUCUCUUUUUCUGUCUUAUGAAUUCAUAAUGAAUAGUAAGACCGUUAAAUUUAAAUUGUAUAAAUUUGGACAAAAUAUGCUCUAAUAAUAUUUUAAGUUUUAUUUAAAU